AUGGUGCAGCCCGAGGAGGCGGAGGGGAGGAUCAAGGCAGUGGAGAGGCUCGGAAGUCCAGAAGAGGAAUUGCCAAGAAGAGGACCGUCCCUCGCCGUGUCUUCCCACAAGACUUUCAGGAUCAGGCGAUUCCUGGACAAGAAACAAAAACAGAAUCAUCCUGUUCCCCACUGGAUUUGGAUGAAAACUGGUAAUAAAAUCAGGUACAACUCUGAGAGGAAGCAUUGGGGAAGGACCAGGCUGGGUCAAUAAGGGAUCACACACAAGAUGGCACACAAGUUUAUGCUGCAUGAAGGUCACGUGUUCCUAUCCUAUUACUCUGUAAACAUCACAACCGCCUGAACAAUGGAUAUGUUUUAUCAGGAAAAUGA